UUCUGCUUGACAGCCGGUUAGGGGCAGGGGCGAGCAGCCGGAGACGGGAGUCUUUGCGUUCACAUGUGUGGUGUCAACUACAUUAAAAAUAAUAAACAAAGAAACGACGUCAGUUUGAACGGGGAAGAGACGAGUCGUGUCUCGCGUCGGCGUGGUUAUUUAACGCGCUAUUUGUUUUUGUGUUUUAUUUAUCUGGGAGUGGACGUGUGUCGUGUACGCGGAGACAUGGGAAACGGGAUCAAUAAGGUCCUGCCUGAUUUAUACCUGGGAAACUUCAAAGAUGCACGGGACAAGGAACAGUUGGCGAGAUACAACAUCACUCACAUUCUGUCCAUCCACGACAGCGCCGCCCCGCUGCUGCAGGAGAUAACCUACCUCUGUAUUCCUGCCUCUGACCUGCCCAGCCAAGACCUAACACAGCAUUUUAAAGAGAGCAUCAUGUUUAUUCACGAGUGCCGACUGAAAGGACAGGGCUGUCUGGUGCACUGCCUGGCGGGGGUGUCCCGCAGCGUCACCCUCGUUGUGGCCUACAUCAUGACUGUCACGGGGCUCGGCUGGCAAGACGCCCUGGCGGCUGUACGGGUCGUGCGACCUUGCGCUGGCCCCAACGUUGGCUUCCUGCGGCAGCUUGAGGACUUUGAGAACACGCAGGUGCUCCAGUACAGGGCAUGGCUCAAGGAGAAGUACAAAGAGAGCCCUUUCGACGAUGAGGAGGAGAUCAAGAUGCUGCUGUCCAGGAGCCCGAAGGCAAAUGGCGCCGAAGGCGACCCCCGUGGACUGAGAACCACCUGACGGCCUCGGCGGGCCGCCCCCCCGCGGCUGCGUUGUACGGAAGCCCCGCCCCUCUGGUGUUCACUGUGUUUGGAACAGGUGCUUCUCACCUUUUGCUUCUCCUCAUUGUUCGGGCCUCGGAGAACAUCAGAUGUUUUUCUAUUUGUUUUUUUGUUUCGUGGAAAGGCACUGAAGGGAACAGGAGCAUUCGCACUGAAGGGGGAGGAGGAGGAGAAGGUGUAUUUGUGCAGCAGUGUGCUUGUUGUUUUUUAAAGGGAACACUUUUAACAAUUCUUUAUCACUUGUAUGUAAAUAUGGCAAUGUUCUACGAACACAAAUUUGCGAACGGCUUACAUAUCCACCUUUGUAUUGUUGCAUAUGUACAAUUUUUUUGUACUUUUAUUUACAACCUUUCAUUUUGUAAUGCGAAAAGAAAAUGUU